AUGGCCAAAGUGUUCGAUGCGGCGGAAGUCGCGAAACAUAAUACCCCAGACAGUUGCUGGGUGAUUUUAUAUGGGAAAGUGUACGAUGUCACCGACUUCCUCUCCGAGCACCCCGGUGGUUCCAAAAUCAUUCUGAAGCUCGCUGGAAAGGAUGCCACCGAAGAAUACGACCCCAUCCACCCCCCGGGCAUAUUAGAAGAAAACUUGAAGCCAGAAGCGAUGCUUGGAACUGUCAACCCAGAUACACUUCUGAAGGUGCAGGCAGAGCCAGUACCCUCAAGCGAGGAGAAGGAGGGUCCACCCUUAAUGGAGUCUCUCCUCAAUAUGGAUGACAUCGAAAAGGUGGCUACUAAGAACGUGAGCAAGAAGGCGUGGGCCUACUACUAUUCUGCCUCUGAUGAUAAAAUCUCCAAACAUUUCAACACGGAAGUUUACCGCUCAAUUCUCUUACGGCCCCGGGUUUUCAUUGAUUGCACACAAUGCGACCUGGAUACUACGUUGUUGGGGCAUAAGCUAGGAAUGCCAAUUUAUGUGUCCCCUGCCGCGAUGGCUCGAUUGGGCCAUCCGGCCGGUGAGGCAGGUAUCGCCGAAGCUUGCCGCAGCUUUGGAGCCAUGCAGGUUAUCUCAAACAACGCAUCUAUGACACCGGAGCAAAUUGUAAAAGAUGCAGCUCCCGACCAAGUAUUUGGAUGGCAGAUCUAUGUUCAAAUUGAUCGCAGGAAGAGCGAAGCGAUGUUGGCACGGAUAAACAAACUCAAGCAAAUCAAGUUCAUUGUUCUGACCCUGGAUGCCCCAGUGCCAGGCAAAAGAGAAGAUGACGAGCGGGGAAAUGCUGUCGGAGCAUCAGCGCCGGUUCCAAGCGCGGCGAAGGCAGCAGAUAGUGCUGAAGAUGAAACCUCUCGGAUCAAUCAAUCAUCUGGCGGUGUUGGAAAGCAGCUCUUCGCUGGAACAGAUCCCUCACUGACCUGGAAAGAAACUUUGCCAUGGUUGGCUGAACGUACUAACUUGCCAAUUGUACUAAAGGGCCUGCAAACUCAUGAGGACGCCUAUAUUGCCUCUCUCCAUACACCUCAAGUCAAAGGCAUUAUUCUUUCGAAUCACGGUGGUCGUGCCCUCGACACUGCUCCCCCAGCAGUGCAUACAUUGAUGGAAAUCAGAAAAUAUUGCCCAGAAGUAUUCGAUAGAUUGGAAGUUUGGGUUGACGGUGGCAUCCGGCGCGGUACAGAUGUUGUAAAAGCGCUAUGCUUGGGGGCGAAGGCCGUGGGGAUCGGGCGACCUGCCCUGUGGGGCCUGGGGGCUGGCGGUGUCGAGGGUGUUAAGCGAACUCUGCAGAUACUGGCGGACGAGAGCAAGACAUGCAUGCGGUUACUUGGUGUAGAAUCUGUGGAUAAGCUGGGCCCCCAACAUAUCAAUACCCGUCUUCUUGAGCAACAGAUUUAUAAUGGUCCAUCAGGCCUCGGAUCCAUACGGAGCGUUUUCCAAGCGAAAUUAUAG